AGCCUUGCUCGAGCGAUCGAUCGCAAGUCUCCGAUGCCGCGGGAUAGGCUUUCCAACUCUGCCGUGGCGCGUGCCAAACCAGAAAUAUCACAACUUUUCGCCCCAAACAAGAAAACAAAGUAGAGGAUAGCAGAGCACAACAGCAUGAGCAAGCUCGACUACUGCUUCAGCAAUGACUACAUGGUGCUGCGCCCGGACAGGGCCGGCCCGCUGGACCUCCUGCACCUCCUCGUCUCCCCCAAGGUCGGCCGGAACAGGGCCGUCGACUGCUUCACCAGCACCGAGAUCCGCAGCUUCCCCCGUCGCCUGCACAUAUUCCUCAGCCUCCUCCUGCAGAUCCUCCUCGCCUCGCUCGCCGGCCCCGUCGCCGCCAUCGGCGCCGCCCUCGAGUUCGCUCUCAACCUCAUCGACAACGUCCUCCACGGGAGGAUGGAGUAUCCGGACAGAUCGUCUGCGACGUACCGGUCGCUGACGGGGUUCAUCGACCAGCGCGUCGAUCUGCACAGCGGCAUCGCGCCGGGGGACAGCCGGUACCACGCCGCGUUCUGCGUCAUGGCGUCCAAGCUUGCGUACGAGAACGAGGCCUUCAUCCGCGACGUCGUCACCCGCCGCUGGCGCAUGGACUUCGUCAAGUUCUACGACUGCUGGAACGAGUUUGAGGGCGCGUACACGGCGCAGGCGUUCGUGUUCUGCGACAGGGCGGCGCCGGACGCGGAGCUGGUGGUGGUGGCGUUCAGGGGCACGCCGGCGUUCGACGUGUCCCGGUGGCGCGCCGACCUGGACCCGUCGUGGUACAAGGUGCCGCGCCUGGGCCGCGUCCGCGCGCCCUACGCGCACGCGCUCGGCGCGCAGCGCAACAUGGGCUGGCCGAAAUGGAUCGAACACAUCAAGGGCAAGCCCCAAAAGGUUUACGCGUACUACGCGCUCCGGGACGCGGUGAAGGAGCUGCUGGAGGCGAACCCGAAGGCGAAGCUGCUGGUGACGGGGCACGGGUCGGGCGGCGCGCUGGCGGUGCUGUUCCCGGCGGUGAUGGCGUACCACAAGGAGAAGGCGGACCGGCUGGCCGGGGUGUACACGUUCGGGCAGCCGCGGGUCGGGGACGCCAUGCUGGCCAUGUUCGUGGAGCGGAACGUCGACAGGCCCAAGAAGCGGCACUUCCGGUUCACCUACGCCGGGGACCCUCUGCCGAGGCUGCCCGCAAGCGCGAGCUCCCCCGCCGCCCAUUUCCUGCACUUUGGACUCUGCCUCCACUUCGACGUCUCCUACAACCUCAAGGUGUUCACGGAGAUCCCGGGAGACACGCGGAGCAGCCCUUGGACGGCGGAGGGGUUCGUGGCGAGCCGCGUCGAGUCGGCGCGGGAGCUCGCCCGGAGCGUGUACUGCAGGGAAGGGUGGCUGCUGCUGCUGAUGCGGGUGCUGGCGCUGGCGCUGCCCGGGCUGCCGUUCCACCGGGUGCACGACUACGUCAGCGCCGUCGCUCUCGCCAAGCACAUUCCCAAGGAUGAAGAACAGUAGUAACGCGAAGCGUGAGAGGAUCAGAGCCCCCUCCUCGCUUGCUUUCUCUAAUUAAUCGACGUACUAGUUCUGUAAUCUACCUUCUCGGCUGCUACUGAACUGUGUGAAAAUAAAUAAAUAAAUAAAUAAAUAAAUACCAGUACUAGUGUACUAGCGUGCA